AUGGCAGCGGGGGGCGCGCGGGGCCGGGGGCGCACGGGCGCGGGGCGCGGGGCGCGGGGGGCGCUGCCUCGCCCGCAGUUUCCUCUUUCGCUCUCGCCGCCCGCCCUGCCCGGCUCCGCCGUGGGCUCGGCUCGGGCACAGACUUCCUGCCGCCGCCGCCAGCCUCACUUUCUGCUACUUUGUGGGCCUCCCUCGCCGCGCUCCGCCGCCCGCCCGCGUCCUCCCCCCUCCCCCUCCUCCCCCUCCUCCCCCUCCGCCCGCGGGCUCCCCGCCCUCCCCCGCCCGCGCGCCGCCGCCCUCGGGGAUGUCCUGCCGCCCGGGCCGCGGGGCCACCGCGCGGGGCCACCGGGCCACGCUCCCGGCCGCCGCCACGCGCGCGCGCGCCCCGAGCCGCGGCCGAGGCAGAGUAUUUCGGACAGGCACGGACAGGGAGGCCUCGAGUCAAGGCCUUCCAGCCAGAUGCAGGAGCCACGGGCCACAGGGCCUCUGCACAAGCCGCUCCUGGAAUGGGGAACUUGGGUGCAAGUGAAGGCUAGACCUGGACCCCGGCAUCUCUCUCCCCUCUCCGCCGUGACCCCAGGCCUCCCACGCAAAGCCAGUGUGGCAUCCCUCUCCAGACGGGACGAGGGAAUCCGCGUCCACGACACAUCCAUCACGCGCGUCUCUCCGAGACACUACUCCGUUCCCUAG